GGUCAACAGAAAGAACCAACCAACAAGAAACUCAUCAGGAAGAAAAUGACAACUACUACGACUACUACCUGAGAAGCACUUCAACCAGAAACCAACAACAACAGAAACAACGAACAACGAACAACGAAGAAGAAAACUAACGAACGACCAUGUCCAACAGCCCAUCAUAUCCGAAUACCAACAACACAGUCAUCGACCCCAAUCAGCCAUCGAUGGCUAUCACCAAGCGCAUUCAUCCAGGUGCGUUGACCGUCGAUAAAGGAAGCUCUCACAGGAAUACCGAAAGACCGAUCCCAGCAUUCGUAACUAAACUAUUCACCAUGGUAAACGACCCGAACACCGAUCAUCUGAUCAAGUGGAGCGAACCCAAUGGCGACUCCUUCUUUGUUGUCUCAUCAGAACGAUUCGGAAGGGAGUUAUUACCCAAGUUCUUCAAGCACUCAAACUUUGGAUCGUUUGUCAGGCAACUCAACAUGUACGGCUUCCACAAGGUACCCCAUCUCAAUCAGGGGGUACUGCAAGGUGAAAUACCUGAGACUGAAAUGCUUGAAUUUACCAACAUCAACUUUCAAAGAAGCCAACCGGAUCUCUUGUGUCUUAUUCGACGCAAGAAACCUGUUCCUGAGUCAAGUAAUCCAGCUCCAAACGAACCUACCGAAACUGGCUCUACCCCCUUACCAUCCAAUCCAUCCGUCCCACACACUACCGAUCUGCAAGCCAUACUAGUCGAUAUAUUGGCGAUCAGGAAACAUCAGACACUCAUGUCCUCAGACCUCAAGACCCUCCAAAGUUCCAAUGCCCAUCUAUGGAAAGAGGCCAUUGCCAAUCGAGACAGAAUCAAGCGCUGUCAAGAUACCAUUAAUAAGAUCUUGGGUUUCUUGGCUCAGGUCUUUGCGGGAAAGGUCUCGAACCUUGAGGAUCCUCCACUAGGAGGCAGCAUACCCGAUCUAGACCGACAUAGAUCACGAGCAAAAAGUUCUAGAGAACACCACCAUCAUCCUCACCCAAACAACUUCAACUACGAAUCAUCCCCCUCAAAUACUGCCCUAUCACUGUAUUCGCAAAUGCGACAUCCUAGGUUAAUGCUCGAGGACACCCAGAGGCCAUCCUCUAAUUCCUCCACUGAUCAAUCUCACCCAUUAGCUGAUAACGUAAGUAGCUUUGGGAAAUCUUUGGAUGGCCAUGCUUCGUUACAGAAUUUGUCUUUCAACCCCAACAAUCGCAACCAUACCCACUCGCCUACUCCAUCUACCCAUCAUACAUCUUCUACCACUUCUAGUCCUAAGGUCGGCCAAUCAUCCCAAUUUCAAGAUUCGUCGAUCGAUCCCAACUUAGAAACUUCUAUUGACGCAAACGGGACGAAUGGUCAAGCACUUCACAAUCCAGUCUCUUCUACCAAUGAUCAAUACAGCCCUGAUGCUGUCUUGCAAGCCUUGUUCAACAAUAAUACCUCAACAGGAGGUUUCAACAUCAAUGACAAUCCAUUCACUAGCAUCAACUGGGCAGAUCUUGUAUCCUCUGAUGGUCUGGGUGGAUUUAACGAGGACAAAGGCGAGCCGGCCAUGAAUCCACCUAGCCCCCUGAGGAUCACGGAUGGACAUAGCACACGGCCAGUUUCUCGUCCAUCCUCAUCUCCAAUGGACAUGAACACGGAUUCGAGUACCCAACUGAUUUCAAACACUCAGAGACAAGCUCAUGGGAUCGAGAGUGUUGCGAACAAGAUGGACAGUUUGGAAACGGCUAUCGAGAGACUAGUCAACAAUCUGCCUGACCAGAUGGAAGAUUAUCUAAAUCCGAGCGAGCUGGAUAAGACCGAUCAGAACGCUAAUCCCUUCAAUGCAUCUCAUCUCUCAGCCGCAGAAAUUGCUUCUGACAACCAAGCAGAUUUCGAUGCGGAUGCAUUCUUGAGAACCUUGAUGCCUCCGGAGGAUAGAAGUCAGGCUGAGAAUAGACAGUUAUAUGAAAAUGAAGAAGAACGCAGAACUGAAAUGAGUGUUGUUUUACCAGCCGGAAUCCAGACUCGCUCGGUCUCUGCAGCAGCCAACGGGAAGCAGCGCUCAGAUGAGCAUCCUCAAAGCCAAGCAAGCGCGUCGAUGGACGCGCUAGACAUCGAGAAGUUUCUUGACGAAUGGACAUGCCAAGAUCCGAGCCGAAUUCUCCCUGGCUUGACGCCGUUGGUCUCUCCGGUGCCAACGCCUCGACUGGAGCUUAACGAGAGCGAGGCACGAAUGGCGGGCCAGCCAGGGGGCUCGACGGCUGCCUUCCAGGAUCCGGUGGCAUCGUCGUCGUCUGUGGACAAGCCGCUGACGACUCAUUCGAUCGAAGCUCCCAAGAGCUCAGCUAGCGUUGCCUUCGACCUCAACGACGACGACCAUCUUCGUCGCAUCAUGUCCAGCAAGAAAUCUCCCACUGAACAUCGACAUGGGCACUCUAUCUCCCAUCCUGGCACUGCCAUUUCCAACCCUCCUCCUCAUCCUCCCCGUAAACGAUUACUCGACGAUCCUGGACCUCCACAGUCGGCUUUGACUCCUCUCACCUCUCACCAACUCCUUUCUAACCCUUUUAAUCAUCUUCCCAUCUCCUCUCAACCUUCUUCCUCUUCUGCUCCUAAUAUGACUACUACUGCUACUACUACCUCCUCUCCUCAUUUCAUCCAUAACAAAAAGACCCGAUUAUAGUCUUCUCUUUCCUGCAUUUUUUUCUUCUUACAAAUUCAUGUAUUGGGGUUCUUUCUGUGUUUGGAACCUUCAUGACCCUUUUUUGUUUGUUUUUGUUUGUUUAUUCCAAUGUUAACUUAACUGUCUUUUUUGUUGGUUGGUUGGUUUACUGAAAAAAAAAAAAAU